AUGAAGUCGUCUCUUCUCCAGCUGGAUCCUCUGGGGGAUGCACUUCUGAUUUUGCGGUGUCCCAAUGAGCAAAGGAUCCCUCCAGCCCACGAUCGAGAAGCAUCGGAUAGCGGCGAGCCUGAUGAAGCCACCUCAUCCGAAGCAAAGAAGAAGCAUAGUAUCAAGUCACCCAAGACAUGGCAGGAUCUCGAGUCUUUGUCGCCGUAUCUCGACAACGGCGAUGCGAAUGAGAUACAAUUCAGAGUAUCGACUAGGCAUCUGUGUAUUGUCUCUCCAGUCUUCAAGGCCAUGAUAGAGGGAAAGUACAAAGAGUCUCAGCCUAACAAUCAAGGGCUCCUAGAGAUCGGCGCAUCGGACUGGAAUGCUCAUGCACUUAUUAUCUUGCUGGAUAUUAUCCAUGGCCAUCAUUACCAAGUGCCCAGAAAGCUCGACGUGGAAGUUGUGGCUCACAUUGGGCUGCUAGUUGACUACUACGACUGUCUCGAGGUUGUUCAGAUCUUCUUCGAUAGAUGGCGUUUGGGCAUUCUCGACUGGACUACAGAUUUCUGGGGGCCGGUUGUUGGACAUCCUGCUAGUAAAAGAAAGUCGUUUGGUAGAAAUGGAACGCUUUUACUAUUCAUCGCUUGGGCUUUUCGAUGUUCAUCAGCAUUCUCAGGGCUUAGCAGCUGGGCUAUUGUGAACACAGAGGGUGUUAUUGAAACGGAUCUACCCAUACCGACACAAGUCCCUGCCAAGAUUGACGAAAAGCGGGUUGAAUUCAUAGAUCAACUCUUUUCCAAACUUUACGGCCUGCAAGAGGACCUCGUGGUAGGCCGAGUCGGUUGCUCACUGGAGUGUUCCUGUCGGCUUCUCGGCUACCUGAUGAAGCAGAUGCGGUCAAGUAAUCUCCCAGCUACAAAGCCAGACAAGCCAUUUACAGGAUGGAGUAUACCAGGCGUGGUUGAGAUAAUCCGGAGCAUUAAGACUCCGACAUGGCGGAAUAGCAGCCCCGCUGAUCUUUGCAGUCUUGAGGCGCACUUGUAUUCAGAUUCAGACAAUCUGGAUGUACAAGUGCCUGGUCUGAAGAUCGGCGAUUUUCAGGGCCUGGCGUUAAGGCCAUGGAGUGGGCAAUACAGUUACAGUUAG